CUUUAACCCUCACCAAUUUGGAGGAAAUCCUUACAAGUUGUGUUUGAACUUCUUGGGAAGACAAAAUGCACCUUGCAAGAAGCACAACUACUGCGAGCCGGCGAUGGAAUGUCGACAAGGGGGCUAUCGAAUAUCGGAGAAACCGCAUCGAAGCCGAGUUGCGGACCAGUUUAUUAGUGGUUUCUUUACGUUCAGUUGUUCAACGGCACUUCUCGGUGUAACAUCGCGUUUCUGGAGUUUGGUCCCGGAUUGAUUGGGUGGAGAAAAGAUUAUUUGAAGGACUUUACUAUUUUUUUUUUGUGAUUCUUUGUUAUAACUAUGCACUAAUGCGAGUUAAUCUACCUAGUGAAAGAAUGACCGACGAAAGGACACCGUUGACGCUGGGACCGCCCCCGCCGCUGGACACGGACAGUGGAUCCUCAUACGUUCACCAGCACAAGGGUUACGAAACUUUGCGGGAGCGCCAGGUUAAGACCUUUCAGUGCUGGAUCUGCUCCGCCAUUUUGGGAGCCUUCGUGAUCGGAAUUAUCAUAAGCCUCAGUUACAUAAUUCUGGGCGACGCAAGAAAAGGAGCGGCCAACGUUACGAACACUACCGAGUCGGCGAAUUUCCCGGAUUUGUUUAAUCUGAUUAGCUUUCCGCUUGCCGACGAAUCGAUUCCGACUUGGGACGGACCGGAUGUGAGCGAUGAAGAUGCGGCGGCGGCAAUAUCCGAAGGAGAAAAGGCCUUGGGCGAUAAGGAACUGCUGGAGGAAGCGUUGACGGCUCCCCCGGUCAAUUCUCCGACCUACCGUCAUCAGCGUGCUGUAAGUACCUCAUUGGCCGCGCGUUUGGUGUCCAAGUUGGGCUACGUCGAGAACAAGGCGACCAAGGCGAUCGCCCGAAAGUUCAACAUGAACAAGCGACACCGUCGUUGGAGUAUCGGAAAAGGGUUGGCACUAAAGCUUCCUCGCGUGAACGAGACUCAGGUGUGUGACUUCAACGCGCGAUACAGGACUAACAACGGCACUUGUAACAACCGAAAGCAACCAUAUUCGUACGGAGUGGCGUUGAUUCCCUUCCGUCGUCAGCUGACCCCGGACUACGGUGACGGUGUUUCGAGUCCACGAGAAUCGGUUGAUCGGAAAGCAUUGCCUAGUGCACGGCAAGUUUCAAUAGAGUUGCAUCGCCCCUCGUACCACAAUGAUCCGAACUUCUCGGUAAUGCUCGCUGUUUGGGGUCAAUUCUUGGACCACGACAUCACGUCUACUGCGUUGAAUCAGGGAGUUGGCGGCAAGGCGAUCGAGUGUUGCGAUCCAGGUCAACCUCAACAUCCGGAGUGCUACCCGGUCAUGCUUGGACCGGGUGAUCCUUACUUCCACGAAUAUAACCUGACAUGUAUGAACUUUGUUCGAUCCAUACCGGCAAGUACGGGUCAUUUGGGACCACGUCAGCAGUUGAACCAAGCCACGGCCUAUAUCGAUGGAUCGGUCGUGUACGGGUCGGACGACGCCAAAGUUAAGCGGCUGAGAUCAGGAGUGGAUGGACGCUUGCGUAUGUUAACGACCCCGGACAAUCGAGAACUGCUACCACAAUCUACGGAUCCCAAUGACGGAUGUAACGAAGCGAGCAUGAACGCAGCUGGCAAGUAUUGCUUCGAGUCUGGAGACGAUCGUUCGAAUGAAAAUCUUCAUCUGACAUCGAUGCACUUGAUCUGGGCAAGACACCAUAACAACUUAACCGGGGAGCUAAAGAAGGUCAAUCCGGAGUGGGACGACGAGCGGUUGUUCCAGGAAGCGCGACGAAUCUUGGCUGCCCAGAUGCAGCAUAUAACCUACAGUGAAUUUGUUCCCGUGAUCAUCGGAGCUAACAACAGUGACCAGAUGGGCAUUUCACCUACUCCGGACAGUGAUCGCGACACUUACAACGCUUCGGUAGAUGCCUCUAUCGCCAACAUUUUCGCGGCAGCGGCCUUCCGUUUUGCUCACACGUUGCUUCCGACAUUGAUGAAACAAACACGCGAUCCGACGAGUUCUGCAUCCGGAAUCGAGCUGCACAAAAUGCUGUUCAACCCGUACUCCUUGUACGGGUCAACCGGUCUGGAUGACGCGAUCGGUGGAGCAAUGAGUACCCCGCUGGGCAAGUACGAUCAAUUCUUUACCACCGAGUUGACCGAACGACUGUUUGAAAAGUCCGAAGAUCUGCUGCACGAUCGACCUUGCGGACUGGACUUGGUAUCGUUGAACAUCCAACGUGGACGCGAUCACGGACUGCCCUCGUACCCUCACUGGAGAAAGCACUGUCGAUUGCCCCCGGUUGAUACCUGGACCCAAAUGGCUGACGCCGUCGAUCCAGGAUCGCUCGAACAAAUGAAGAAGAUGUACGCAGAGCCAGAAAAUAUUGACGUGUACUCGGGAGCGCUGAGCGAACCUCCCGUAAAAGGGGGAGUCGUUGGACCGCUAAUUACGUGCCUUCUCGGGGAUCAGUUUGUUCGCUUGAAGCAGGGAGAUUCAUUCUGGUACGAGCGCCGCCGAGGACCGCAGCGAUUCACUAGAGAUCAACUGCAGCAAAUUUACAACACGAAACUGUCCAGCAUAAUCUGCCGCAACUCAGAUGCCAUCACUCAUUCCCCAGUGGAUCUUAUGCGAAAGGUCGACCGAAACCAAAAUCCGGAACGGCCAUGCUCCGAGCUGGACACGUUCGACUUUGGACCGUUCCGUGAGCGGAAGAAGGAUUUGGUAGGGCGGGUUAAGGUGGCCACCGCAAAAGUCGGAGUGCUGGUGAUGCAGACCUCGUCGACGUCCACCGAAGCCAGCGUGGGAACAAGUGCAACGGAACCUUCAACGACAAUGACAACGGGAGCGGCGGCCACGACUACCACUACAGUGGCUUCGGUGCCAUCAACUUGAAGGGCUUCGCGUGGCGAUCGAUAGCUAAGCAUUUUAAAAUGUGGGCCUUUUUUGGCCAAAUGAAAUCGUACCAGUGUGGUUAACAAUUGUGUAGAUUAAUAUUAAACGGUUUUUACAAGCAAAAGUUUCGCCUGGACUUAUUUUGCUGAUUUGCAAUUGUAGCCUAAUUUCAGGCGGAUCGCAACAUCACCCAUAAGUAUGCAAUCAAUUGUGUGGGGUGUAAAUCAUAUGGAAACGUUUCGAUAAGGGUUGUCAUUAUCGAUGGCGGACUCAGUUCCAGCCGAAAGUGUAUUAAUUAUUCACGAGUUAUUCGAUCGUUACAAACAAGCAUUUCCCAUAAGUAGGUGGUAGCCUUGGAGCCGCGACAUCGAUUGGAUUGACUGAUUUAAUAUUUUUUCACGGUCACCACCCGUGGGACAAAUGGCCACGUCUAGCCGAUGCUUGUCUCUUUGUGAUUGAAAGUGAAAAGGUGGAUCAAAUUAGCCCAUAAAUGAUGCUUUUUGAUCGUAUGUGAAUCGGAGGUAGAUUUUGGGUUUUACCACUUUCUUCUAUUUUUUCCAAUUAGAAAUUUUCUUUUAAUUGUUUUGGAAACUAUGUUUCAAUUUUGCAUUUAUCUGUAAGUAGAUAUCAAUAUAAUCCUCAUCUUAAAAGAAUAUUAAAUCAUACCGAAAUAUCCACAUGAGCCACACAUUUUAUGUUGAUUUUUAAACCAGCGAAAUAUGGCAGAAUCAUAGAAUUGAUUCUGUCACAUUUUCUUGCAAUCAAAACUGGGUAAUUCUCCGCCAACUCAAACGAAAUCGGAAAAAAGUUGGCUUGGAUUUGCGUGAAACUUUAAAUUUAAAUUAAAAACCCACGUAUUUUAUAAAUUACUAAAAUAGUUUCAAAAACACUAAAAUUUGUCGGUUCACAAAAAAAUCGUUACUUAAUUGUAUUUUUUUAGAACAAUAACACCUAAACUCCCAAGCUCUAGAAAAAGGGUGAAUUUAUAUAAAAAUUCCCCCUUUUUUCGAGGUUGGAGUUAAGGUGUUAAUGUACCUCGGCCCAUUUUUUUUAAAUUCUAAAAUUUAAUCACAAAAAUAUGUAAGUUGCUGUUUCUUAGAGGUUCCCAGUCUUUUCGAAUCUGUAAUCGAAAUAUCUUUUUUAAAUUGUUCCAAAUUUCCCAUUUCCUAUUA